AUGACUAGGCAGUUGUUGACAUGGACGAGCCUCGGCCUCUUCCUUUCGCUGACGGCUGCUGAGCAGCCUUCUGCUCCAAAGCCCGUCGCUGCGCCUAUGAGAUCGCUGCCAUGGGGCGAUAUAAACUUUUUGCAAACCACGGAUACACAUAGCUGGCAUGCAGGACACCUUCAAGAGCCACAAUAUUCCGCAGAUUGGGGGGACUAUAUAUCUUUUGCCGAACGAAUGCGCCAGAAGGCAGAUGAUGUUGGCGUGGAUCUUCUACUUGUUGAUACAGGUGACCGAAUAGAGGGCAACGGCCUAUAUGAUGCUUCCGAUCCCAAGGGCGUAUACUUCUACGACAUCGUGAAGGAACAGAACAUUGAUAUUAUUUGCACGGGCAAUCACGAGUUAUAUCAAGCCGAUGCCUCGGCUCGCGAAUACAAUACAACAGUUCCAAAUUUUAAGGGGAAAUAUCUCGCGUCGAAUUUGGACUACAUAAAUCCGAAAACUGGGGAGCAAGUUCCUAUGGCCCAGCGGUAUCGAAAGUUCACGACCAAAAAUAAGGGAAUCCGGAUUGUGGCAUUUGGGUUUUUAUUUGAUUUUACAGGUAAUGCAGACAAUACCGUUGUCCAGCCAGUUGAAAAGACCAUCAAAGAGGAGUGGUUCCAGGAUGCAAUUAGGGAAGAGGCCGAUCUAUUCGUCAUUAUUGGACAUGUUACACUCCACGGCCCAGAAUACAAAGCUAUUUAUAAAGCUAUCCGAGGCCAAAACUGGGACACCCCGAUUCAGUUUUUCGGUGGGCACAGCCAUAUCCGGGACUUUGCAAAAUAUGAUUCCAAAGCGUAUGCGUUACAAAGUGGCCGAUAUAUGGAAACCCUUGGCUGGAUGUCUAUAGAAGGCAUAAAGGGGAAAGGGAAAAAAGAUGGAUCCAAGCAGCUUGGGCCACGCGCCAGUAUGUCCUUUAAGAGAAGGUACAUCGACAAUAACUUAUUCGGGUAUCAUUACCAUACCGGUUUGAACGAAUCUACAUUCUCUACCGAUCAUGGUAAGAACGUAUCGUCCAUGAUACAUGAAGCAAGGAAAGCCCUAGACCUUGAUCGCAUCUACGGUUGUGCACCAAGAGACCUUUGGCUCAAUAGAGCACCGUAUCCGGGCAAUAAGAGUAUCUUCACAUGGCUCGAGGAAGAAGUCAUGCCUGAAGCCGCCGUAACGGAAAAGCGCAAAGAUAAACCAAGACUUGCAAUCACUAACACCGGCGCCCUAAGAUUCGAUAUUUUUAAGGGUGCUUUUACUCACGAUACUACCUACAUCAUAUCUCCUUUCGUCAGCCAAUUUCGCUAUAUCAGAGAUGUACCAUACAAAUCAGCCAAGCAGGUUUUACCAUUACUCAACAACGGAGGGCCUAUCCUUAAAACUACUAGCUUGAAACACUGGGAGCUUGCACCUCCCGAGCAAAUGUCAAUCCUCACUGAUAUCAUUGCUCCUGAAGUACUCUCUCCCGAACCUUUCGUCCAAAACGGCUGGCAAUCCCCUCUCAUACCCGCCACCGACGACGAACCCGAUCUAAUCCCCGGCUACACAACCAAAGACGAUGGUGGAGAUGAUGGAGAUGAUACGCUCCAUAAACAAAUCUCCUUCUACCGCGUGCCGAACUGUAUCCAAAGCACGAUAUCAUUCCCCGAUGAUGGCAGUGACCCUGAAACCGUGGAUCUGAUAUUCGUGGAUUUUAUACAGCCCUGGAUUCUGGUGGCGUUGCAAUAUGUGGGCGAGAGUUAUAAGGAGACUGAUGUAAGCAUUUACAGGGAGGAAACGUUGACCCAAUUGAUGGCUGCGUGGAUUAAGAAGAAUUGGAAGAAGGACUGUUAG